AUGUAAAGUUUAUGUGAUUUGACAUUCCUCUUCCGAUGCAUUUCAUAAUAUCAAAGGGAGUAAUGUGAUUAUUUUUGUGUGAAAAUGUUCGGAAAUAUUAGAAAAAAGUUAAAUUCUGUGAUUCAAGAAGGCCUCAGUAUAUCCGAGAACAUUUCCAGCCACUACAUCAAGCCGUCAAGUCCAAAGAGUCCACAAUCACCUCGAAGUCCAGGAUCUGUAGGAACUCCUGCAACUCCUACAAAUCCAGCAGCAUCAGUGCCUCCCUUUAUUAAUCUUUAUGCCGGAUGUGAUCUCCUGGCUAUCAAUGAACGUCAGUGGACUGAGAUACGAGACCUCAAUGAGCAAAAUGCCAAGAAAGCAGAAGAGAUUGAUGCCAGCAUCCUGGAAAUCCGGGACAGAACUGAACGGACUCUGACCACAAUUCAGGAUGUUAAUGUGACUCUGGCUGCACUUCCAGUAGUUGUCACGGCUCUUAAUAACUGUGUAGAUGUUAUUAAGGAUGUUGGUGCCAAAUGUGAGACGCUGGAGAAAAAGAUGAUGGAAUUGGAGGAUCUCUUGGAAGUCCUGGAGCUUCAGGAGAAGCAGCUGGACCAUCGAUUUGAGAUGGCAAUGUAUAAAGAGAAGAAAUUGGCUGCACUGGAAAAAGUGCGAGAGGAAUUGACAAAGAAACAUGCUGAUAAUGUGAUGAAACAUGAGCUGAAGAUGCGAAAGGUGCAGCAGGAGCGUCAGAGCGUCUUUCAGGAUGCAUUCCAAGAUGACAUGAAAUUCUACAAAGAACAAGGCACUAUUCCAAAAGUUGAGACAAAGCUGGAUGAGAGAAAAUUGUCGUUGGAGGAAGUGGAGUUGGAUGACUCAGACACAAAAGACGCCUUGGAUGAGUUCCUAAAUAAUUGACCAAGUCAAUUUGGUAACAUCUCUCCAAAGUGCCAUGUUCGGAAGUUAUCUAUUCUUUUGCUUGAGGAAUUUUGCUAGAAAAUAAAAAAUAAACUGACGGACUUGUUGAAUUUGAAAGCUCUUGGUGCCUUGUUGACUGUUUAUUAAUUAUAGUAUUUGCUGAUGCAAUCAAACGAGAGAUCAAUAAAGAAUUGUUUUAAAUAUCGA